UCCGGAAUAUUAGCGGCUAAUUCGCCUGUUGUUGCUAUGAGCAUCAUACAUAUAAACUGCACCGACUCUGAUUAAACACCUUGUUUUUAAGAAUUCUAUUUAGCCUUUUUUUAACCCAUUGUUUAUUUGUACGUAUUGAAACGAACAGCUUUCCAUGAAGCAGGGGAUGUGUUUUGUUCCGUUAGCUUCAUGCUAGACGCUAGCUGUCACUUCUCACUUUGAGUUUGUUUAUCAAUCAAAACGCAACAUGAAUGAGAACGACAGCGUAAAUUCUGAGGCCAUUGUUAAUAAAGAAGCCAUCUCCGGGAACAAAAGCAGGAGUGUUAACAGUUCCCCUCCGGAGAUGGACGCUGUGUUUGACAUGGACGAGGAGGAAGAAGAGAGCGACGCGUUGGACACCGCCGAGCCGAGGGAGAGCGCGCCGAGCCCGGCGGAGCCAUGUGACGAGAGCGCGCCUAAGCGCUGCGUUUAUGACGGCUGCUCCGAGACCAGUGCUCUGGGUGCCAAGCAGAGGAAACCAUGGAUGUGCAAAAAACACCGCAACAAAAUGUACAAGGACAAGUACAAGAAGAAGAAGAGCGACCAGGCUAUGGCGACUGGGAAGAUAGACGAAGGCUCAGAGGAGAGGCCUGUGUCUGUGACAAAGCAGCGGCUCGGCACUAUCGGAGAGAGACCUACAAGACCUUCGCUCAUAGAGCAAGUGUUAAACCAAAAGAGGCUGUCUCUUUUGCGAAGUCCAGAGGUCAUCAGUUUCCUCCAGCAGCAGCAGCGUCUCCUCACCAUGCAGACACAAUCUCAAAGACAUGACCAGCAAAGCUACUGAGCACUGUGUGUAAUAACAUUUUUUAAAAAGCUUAAAAAAAUGUGAAGGAUCUGGACUCAAGCUGAUGAUAAAAUGACAUGCCACCACUAUGGAACUAUGGUGUGAAAUCACAUUUCAUCAGGCUAUCAUGAUCAUCAUUAGUAGCAGUUCUACUGUAUAUAAAAUCAUUUUUAAACUACCAUGUGGGUCUUUAUCAGAUGCUGUUAUUUUAUGUGCUAUGAUGCAUGUAAUUUAAACCAAUUAUGUGAAAACUAUAAAGUUUCAGUCUGAUUUUUUUAACACUAGUGACUUUGUGUGUUCAUAGGAAUUUGUUUUAACCACUUAAUUAUGAUGAUAUCAUUAAUGCUCAUAUAUAAAGAAGAUUGUGUAUUCUUAUUUGUCAUAAUGUCAAAUAUAUUUGAAUAAUUUAU